GGCACUUAACAAAUCACAGCAAGGGGGGGUUCGUCAGUCCGAAUCUCAAUGAAACAAAAACUCAACACUGCCAUCCAGGGGCUGUUACACAAACAUCACUAAAUGUCGGUAUUCGGCGGUGAAAUCCUUCUUAGGUGACACUGACACAGCUAGCAGCUGGCUACUCAAGCAGAUGUCGAAAGAACGCAGCACUGCAAAAAUAGCUAGGACACCUUAACGUCAGUUGAAUCUCUCUUGAAACAUCUUCAGAGUGAAAGACACUGUGUUCGCACGUGUUUUACAUUUCAAGAAACUGGACGAUAACUUAAAAUGGCCAUGGAACUCAGUCCACCGAUGUCCCCCACCACCACUUCCUUCAGGAACGAGCCCAGACCUGUAAAAGGCAGGGUAAACAAACUAUUCAGCCAUGUGUCCCAGUCGAUGUCUUUAAAACCAAUCCAUUGUGAUUUGGUGGAGUUACCGACUACACCACGUGUGACUCAAGGGCGGCAGUUCCAUCACACCAUUAGUCUUUUACCUCUACAAAGAAAAGUGGAAAGGAGUGACCGCACACAACAGCUUCAUCUGAAAAAUACAAACAGUCCAUUGUGCACAGCUCUUUUCCCUAGUGGUGAUAGGUCUCCUCAAGGGGUCCCUGACUUUGGAAUCUUCUCCAGCAUUCCCAGUUUUGCUUCAAAGCCUUCAAGUUCUCUUCUCCCAUCCAUGGCACCCACUACAGAUUUCAAGGCUGCUCUGAACUCUCUUCCCAAGUUCACUAGCCCCUACUUCUCAGCCUCAGAGUCCAAAAUUACAUUGCCAAGAAAAUUCCGCAUGAGAGAUGAGCUUGGAGACGUGGCGAAGAAACCUUCACCAAAGAAACGCAAAAUCAAGUUGCAUCUAUCAGCUGUUACUGAACCGGCAUUCAAGAAGCCAGAGCUGACAAAUGUCUGUCUGGAUAUCUCAAGUUGGAGACUGGGAUCAUUACACAGUGUGACCAAGUGCACCGUUUCGGUCACUCAUGAGCAAAUUGAGAUUAACCAGUGUGUGCAUGUGCAGUCAUCGGAGUUGACCAGCUGUGAGUUGUGCCUUGAUCAGAAACUGCCAGUCAUUUUCAUCCAGUCCACCCCUGCUGGUAGUCUGCGACUACGGGUACAGCUGAAUAUGUCUCGGGAAAAAUGGGCAGUGUGGUACGACUGUGGUGCAAGUGCCAGCCCAACAGAGAAAUACAUUGUGCUGAUACUUGAGAACUUGCCCUCGGCACAGCAGCAGAAUGCUCUGGAGAAAAUCCUAUCCGACAUUGGUAGAGCAAAUCAGCUGAAUGAGUUCCCACGCAAAAUCUCUUUAGAUGAAGCCAACAACAGACUAAUGGCACAAGACCAGCAGGUGGCACAGAGUCUUCCAGCCUCACCACAGAGUCCGCAGUUUAAUGUCUUAGACACCGAUGAGGAGGACUUGCUGGAUGCUGGCGGCAACGCACUGACGGUCAUUCCCACAGCUAUCGCUGACUCAGUCCAUAGGCUGUUGGUUUUCCCUCCUCCACCAGCUAAAGGAGGCAUAGCAGUUACAAAUGAGGACCUAUGCUGCCUCAAAGAAGGGGAGUUCCUGAAUGAUGUAAUCAUAGACUUUUACCUGAAGUAUUUGUUGUUGGAAAAGCUGAAGAGUGAAGAUGCAGGGAGAACUCACAUAUUCAGUACUUUCUUUUACAAGCAUCUCACCCAGGGAAGACGGAGGGAUGGGACAAAUGGAAAAGAACCUCUUAAGAAGAGGAGGCACGAUCGAGUCAAGUCAUGGACCAGACAUGUUGACCUCUUUGAAAAAGACUUUCUUUUUGUUCCCAUAAAUACGUCGGCCCACUGGUUCCUGGCCAUUGUCUGCUUUCCUGGACGAUGUCAACCUGAUGCAGAGAGCCAGUCUCCAUCCAACACCCUGGAGGAUGUCCGCCCACAGGGGCCUGCUCAGUCCGACUGGCUGGAAACCAGCUUCUUCUGGAGGACUGGCCAAGACUUAUCCUACUCCCCCAACCCCUUGUCAUUGUUCUACAAGCCCACCAACGCAGCCACAUGGCCAAAUAAGGGGAGCACAGGGCCAGCAGAUGUCUUUUCCUUUGAAGAUGAAGAAGAGCAGGAAAUGAUGAGUGAACUGCUGCAAUACAAGACAAAUGUUCAGAAACCAUGCAGCACUGAUCAACCCUGCAUUCUCAUCAUGGACUCUCUAGGUUGUGGUCGGUCCAGUGUGGUCAACAUCCUGAAAGAGUACUUGGAGGAGGAGUGGAGGGUAAGAAAGGGAAUUCAAUGCAGUUUUGAGGUGAAGGGUUUUAGUCCGUCGGUCCCACAGCAGAACAACUCAAGUGACUGCGGGAUUUACUUGCUACAGUAUGUGGAGAGCUUCUUUGAGAGUCCUCUUCGAAGUUUUGAAGCACCCAUCGACCUGAAUGAUUGGUUUCCGCAGCCCCGUGUGGCGAAGAAGCGAAACGAAAUUAGAAAGCUGAUUCUAAAAAUUCAAAACCAGCAACAAAUGGCAGGAAAAGCUGAAGAUGGGUAACCCUAGCUAGAUGGGUCUGCUGCUCUUUCACUCUCAUACAUACACACACGGACACACUCACUGACACACAUGCUUAGAGGGCUACAUACACACAAUAAGACGGUUUCAGUUUGAAUUAUUUUUUUAAAACCUGUUGUUACUUUUGCAUUUUUGUUUGUGUAUCGUACAGAUUGGUCUGUUUUGUUCCUCUCCUCCUUGUAAUUCGUAAAUACAGCAUGGUUCAAAAUUAUUUACGUAAAAAAUAUUAUUUUGUUCCAUUGGAUUGUAUUGA